AUGCCACCCCACGCACGCGCCCAGAAGAAGCGGAAGACCAGCGGUGGAGCCGCCGCCGCCGCGCAACUCAGCGAGCCCGCCCGCGCCGCACCCUCACCUAAACCCAAACCUGCACCCAAACCCGCCGCCGCAGCAGCCGCCAAGGAGACCUCCGAGCCCAUCAAGCCCUCGAAGCCCGCCAACGACGACGAUUCAGACAAAUACGCCUCUGCCGAGUCGUCAUCCGAAGAUGAGUUCGAUGAGGACGAGGACGAGGAGGGGGACGAGUUCUCGCUCGACGGCUCUGGCUCCGACAGCGACGACUCGAUCAGCUCGCUGGUAGCGUCGCAGAACCUGCAGACGAAGAAGAAGCGCAAGCGCAACGACCCGUUGGCGUUCAGCACGUCGAUGUCGAAGAUCCUCGGGUCGCACCUGACAACCGCGGCGCGGAAAGACCCUGUGCUUGUGCGCGCGAAGCAGACCGCCGAUCACGUCGACGAGGGGAAGAUCGAGGCGAAGGCGAGGAGGGUGCUCAAGGAUGAGAUUAGGAAGGAGAAGGAGAAGGGCCGUGUCAGAGACCUGGUGCCCAGGGAUGACGAUGAGGCCGCCGGAAAGGCACUUGAGAAGGAGAAGGUCCUUAGGUCCAUUGCCAGGAGUGGUGUGGCUAAGCUGUAUAAUGCCGUCAGGGCCGCGCAGAUCAAGGGCGAGGAGGCGGCGAAGGGCGUGAGGAAGGAGGGCAUUGUGGGGAUGGAUAAUAGGGAGGCAAAAGUCACGGAGAUGUCAAAACAAGGUUUCCUGGAUCUCAUCCAGGCCUCGAAAUAA